AUGGUAAAAGCUCGUGCUUACAAUCCUGUGACUGGAAUGGAAUCACUAAUCAUCAUCCCAGUCUCUAAAGCGCAGGCUCUUCAAAGGAGUGGUCGUGCUGGACGCGAGGGACCAGGGAAGUGCUUCCGAUUGUUCCAAGAAAGUGAGUUUGAUAAACUGGUGGAUUCUACUGUGCCUGAGAUCAAGCGGUGUAACCUCUCAAAUGUUGUUCUGCAACUCAAGGCUCUUGGAAUUGAUGACAUCAUAGGUUUCGAUUUUAUGGAGAAACCAUCAAGGACUGCUAUUCUGAAAUCACUGGAGCAGUUAAUCUUACUAGGGGCUCUGACUGAUGACUAUAAGCUCUCAGAUCCAGUUGGUCAUCAGAUGGCUAGGCUGCCUUUGGAUCCAAUGUACUCCAAGGCAUUAAUUGUAUCAAGAAAAUUAAAGUGCUUGGAAGAAAUGCUCAUUGUUGUAUCUAUGCUUUCAGUGGAAUCGAUUUUCUUCUCCAUGCGUGAGAAGUUAGAAGAGGCAAGAGCUGCCAGGAAGGGUUUCGAAAGCUCUGAAGGAGACCAUAUCACAUUAGUGAAUGUCUAUCGAGCAGCUGCAGAAUGCUUGGAGAAGAGCAAAAAUGCAAAUGCCAAAGAAAAAACAAUGGAAAAGGCUUUGAACAGGUGGUGCAGGGAAAACUUUAUCAACUACCGCUCUCUAAGACAUGCUCGCGAUGUUCACAGUCAAAUCCAGGGCCAUGUCCAACAAAUGGGGCUAAACCUGUCAUCAUGUGGAGAUGACAUGGUUCUGUUUCGGAGAUGCCUUACGUCUGCCUUCUUCUUGAAUGCAGCAAUGCGACAGCCCGAUGGAUCAUACAGGGCCCUUGCGACUGGCCAGAGCGUGCAGAUCCACCCUUCAUCCGUGCUUUUCAGGACCAAGCCCGACUGUGUCGUCUUCAACGAGCUAGUUCGGACGACACAGAAUUACGUCAAGAACCUGACCCGUAUUGACCCCUUGUGGCUGGCUGAGCUCGCCCCGCAGUACUACGCUAUCGAGGAGUAG